AUGCCUGGACAUCGCAAGGCGGGAUUCUCCGUGGCUCAAGUCCGUUCCAAUAACUUUGCUCGCCAUGGCCCAACCCAGAUGGCCAAGACUUUGCUCAAGUUUGGCAAGACUGUUCCCGAUGAGCUUCAGGCCACCAUCAAGGCCUGGAAGGCAGCGCGCAUAUCACUGAUGAAGAGGACCAACGGCUCUGCUGUUACCACCCCUGAACAGUACGAUACUGAAUAUCUCACUCCCGUAUCGAUUGGUACACCGGCUCAAACCCUCAACUUGGACUUCGAUUCCGGUUCGUCUGAUCUGUGGGUCUUCUCGUCCGAGACUGCUAGCAGUGAUGUUUCUGGUCAGAGUAUCUACACGCCUUCCGACUCCAGCACAUCGAAGGAGCUCAGCGGCCAGUCAUGGGACAUCUCUUACGGUGAUGGCUCCACCUCCUCAGGCACUGUUUACACCGAUCUUGUCACGGUUGGUGGCGUUUCCUUCGACAGCCAGGCAGUUGAGACCGCCGAGACUGUAUCCAGCUCCUUCACCUCUGACGCCAACAACGAUGGUCUCCUAGGUCUCGCCUUCAGCACCCUGAACACAGUCACUCCUACUGCCCAGAAGACUUUCUUCGAUAACAUCAAGGACACUCUCGACCAGAGCCUGUGGACUUGUGACCUGAAGGCUGGCGAGCCGGGUACCUAUAACUUCGGUUGGAUCGAUGAGUCUCUCUACACUGGCGAUAUUGCAUACACCGAUGUCGACACCAGUGAUGGUUUCUGGAUCUCUUCGUCUUCGUCUUCCAGCAAAGCAUCCGGCUCUUCAUCUUCCUCUGCCUCGACUACUCUGAGCGGCAUUGCUGACACCGGCACAACCCUCGCCCUCUUCCCCGAGUCUGUCUGCGAGGAAUACUACGCCUCUGUCUCCGGUGCUUCUUACUCCAACAGCAUCGGAGGCUACGUCUUCUCUUGUGAUGCCGACCUUCCCGAGUUCAGCUACACUGUUGGCGAUGUCACCGUCACCAUUCCCUCGGACUACCUCAACUACUCUCCUGUUAACACCGCCGGUACUCAGUGCUACGGUGGAAUUCAGCCUAACACUGACAUUGGUUUCUCCAUCUUCGGUGAUGUCGCUCUCAAGGCUGCUUUCGUCGUCUUCAAGGAUGACGGCUCGGCGCCCCAACUUGGUUUCGCCCAGAAGGACUUGUAA